CUAAAAAUAUUUUGUAAUUAUUUGGGUUUGUUAGUUGAUUAAGGACAAAACAAAAAUUAUUCGUAAAAGUAUAUAAUUUCAAGGUUUAUCACUGUAAAAAUGUAAUUAAGUAGUAAUACAUUUAAUCUAGGAUAUAAUCCUUAAAAUUUUCUUAAGUUACAUUGUAUUUUGCCUUAUAAACACAAACAGCUAAAAUAAAACUUAUUUGAAUUAUGACUAAUCAUUAUCUUACGUAGCAAAAUCUCCACCGAUAAUCAUGAAGUCGUUUAAACUUAUUGUUCACCAGUCGAGUUUUAGCUCGGAAGAUUUAAUCAUAAGCCUGAAGGACUAUCCUGGGUUGAAAGAAAAAGAUAUUGUUGAAAUAUAUCAUCCUGAAAAUGAUUACCCUCGCCUGCUUUUACAAGUCACAAAAGUGGAUGCACCUGGUCGAGGAAGAGACACAAUCAGUGUGGAACAAAGUAUUGCAACAACUUUCCAAUUACGUACAUUUGCUGAUGUGUAUGUCAAUAUUGUUAAUGUGGCCGAUGUUGCUCUUGAUUCCGUGGAGCUUACAUUCAAAGACCAGUACAUGGGCAGGUCAGAAAUGUGGAGAUUGAAAAAUCAUUUGGUCAACACAUGUGUAUACCUUAACAAAAAAAUUGAAUACUGUGGAGGAGCUAUAAGAUGUCAAGUUUAUGAGAUGUGGUCCCAGGGAGAUAGAGUGGCAUGCGGUGUCAUCACAGAGGACACCAAAAUAGUGUUCAGAUCUUCCACUUCCAUGGUCUAUCUGUUCAUACAAAUGUCUUCUGAGAUGUGGGACUUUGAUAUUCAUGGAGAUUUGUACUUUGAAAAGGCUGUCAAUGGAUUUUUAGCAGACUUAUUUGCAAAGUGGAAGAAAAAUGGCAGUAAUCAUGAAGUGACUAUUGUGCUUUUCUCAAGAACUUUCUAUAAAGCGAAAACUUUAGAGGAUUUUCCACAACAUAUGAGAGAAUGUUUACAGCAAGGAUACAGAGGAAGAUUUUAUGAGGAUUUCUACAGAGUUGCCGUACAAAAUGAGCGAUAUGAUGACUGGUCUAAUGUCCUUUUACAAUUGCGAAGACUGUUUACAGAUUAUCAGAAAAUUGUAUUGCAAUAUCAUGAAAGACCCAACAUGGAAAUACCAACUGCCAUCAAUUCAACUGCUGCCCAAGGGAAUUUCUUGGAAGUACUUAACAUGAGUUUGAAUGUAUUCGAAAAACAUUAUCUUGACCGGUGCUUCGACCGCACCGGUCAACUUAGCGUGGUCAUCACACCCGGGGUGGGAGUUUUCGAGGUCGACAGAGAACUGACCAACGUCACUAAACAGAGAAUCAUAGACAAUGGCGUCGGCAGCGAUUUAGUAUGCGUCGGCGAACAACCCCUACACGCCGUCCCAUUACUCAAAUUCCACAACAAAGACAACAAUCUCAAUUCUAUAGACGAUUACUCUAUGCCACAUUGGAUUAACUUGUCAUUCUACUCGACCAAUAAAAAAGUGGCGUACUCAAACUUCAUUCCAAGAAUAAAGUUGCCGCCAAGAAAAAGUCAGGAGCCCCUCAAGAAAAUGUACGAAGAUGAUCGUAAAGGGAAACUAUUGAAAGAGGAUGAAUAUAUGCAUAAUUCGAUAUUUGACUUUGAUGCAUACGACGCACAAGUUUUCCAAUUGCCGCCUGCCCACAGCACUUGUGUGCAAAAAGUGAGCCGUACUAAGAAGACAUCUGUGGCCGGCCUAGAAAACAUCAGCAGGAGGAGCCCACCGGUUCUGCAACACAGGAAGAUGUCCGACCCUGACAUACAUCACAGCCUAGGUGACAUUCUGGCCGGCAAUGGAAAACUAAACGCAUUCGACACCAACAGCGACUGUGUGGACAGUCCUUUAUCUAGCAAACGGCUAUCUCCUCGUAGUUCCAUUUCGAGUCACAAGCCGGUGAUCAGGACUGGAAGAGCUCUCAUCAAUCCUUUCGACCCUUCUCAUGUCACCGUCAAACUCACUAGUAACAGGCGACGAUGGACACACAUAUUUCCUAAAGGUCCCACUGGCGUGUUGAUCCAGCAGCAUCACUACCAAGCCCGACCUGCGGGAGAAGUGUCGAAAGACAGGACCGAAAACCAUAGAGAAUGUAAUAACAAAGAGAAUGGAACUACCGCCAUGAACCACCCUAUAUACCAAGUAGACGGUAACGUGAUGAGUCGCAAACGAAUGAUAAGUACUUCAGGCGUUCUCAGCACCGCUUUAAGCACCCCGUCCACGACAAACAAUGCUUCUUUGGCGUUACUUUGGGGAGCUACCGGCGAACAGGAGUGGACGCCGGCCCUUACCACGGGUGUGGACUGGAAGUCGCUCACUAUCCCAGCAUGCCUGCCGAUCACAACCGACUACUUCCCCGACAAGCGGUCUCUACAGAACGACUACUUAGUGUCAGACUAUAAUCUUUUGCCGGAUGACGUAAACGCGGACUUUGCGAAAAACAGGGCGAUUUACAAAGAUCCGUUGACCACUGUUGAAGUGUUCAAGGAAUUGGUGUCUCAGAGACUUGCACAGGGAUUCCAGUUAAUAGUGGGGGUGAAUGAACACGACGUGAUCGAAUCCCAUUGCCCAUCGACUCCUGCGCCGCCGCCCUCGAAAGUGGCGCCACAGUGCGGAAAGCCUGCGAACACUGCAAAACGUUAUCUACUAUCUAUUGGAAGGAUUUUCCAUAAGCUUACUUUGGUGGGGUCGACUAUUACGGUUACGAGGUAUAGGCCAAGACAUCCAUACCCUCCUUUCAACAUCCACUACCGUUACCGCUUCCACGCGCCCAACCACGACACUUACGAGGUGUCAUGGGUGUCGUUCACCACGGAGAAGCUAGAGACGUAUAACUGGAACUACAUGGACCAUUACAUCUGUACAAGAGGCGACACGGACUUCUUGCUUGUCGAGGCGCUGAAAUACUGGCGUUUCCGCACUUUACUUCUUCCGUUGCCGUGCCCGGCGACGAAGCAAAUCCUGGACGACGAAACUACUCACUGCGACAUCUACCCGGCGUAUACUCGUCACGAUCUAGACCAACUGACAGAUGGUUUCCUCAAAAUGGCCGAGUUGUACUUCAAUAAGGUCAAAAGACCCAACAAGCAGAGGGAUCGCGUGCUGCAGAUGGCGGGCUCGCUGGGCGGCGCCGGGGACUCCACGCUGACCCGCCGAAGACACUCGACUUCCAUCCUCACUAGGAACGCACAGGGAGGGGGAGGUGCUUCAAACUCUCCAUUCAGGGAGCGAGUGGGCAGCACUCGUCUGCCUGACCGCCCGAGACUCCGGAUCGAAGCCGUAGCUGCUGCGAAAACGGUGCUCGAGAGAACACAGUCGCAAACUGGAGAAAGCGAUGACUUCUACGACGAUGGGAUCAUCGAACCGAAACUGAAAGCGAAUGCUACCUUAUCGGAGAUCGUUGACCGCAUGCGACACCCGUCACUAGGCGUGGGCUUCCUUCAGCAGACCGUCAGUCUACCAUCACAUACCUUCGUCUCAAUUUACGCGAUACAUUGGCUGAUUACCAAUAUGGAAGGAAUGACCGAGGAAAAAGCCUUGGCUAUUAUGGAGAAACUGCUUCAAGAAAAAAUGAUUUGCCAUGCUUCAGGCGACACGACCAAACGUUACAUCGUCGGUUAUUACAUGUACCAUAUUCUGCCUCAGAAGAAAGACAAAGAGCUGACCGACUACGUGAAACCGCUGGGCGACCUACAAAGCUUCGAGAACGAAUGGAUGGAGGUGGAGGUUUUGGGUCCCAGGUCGCCGCUUGUCACAAACGAUACGGCGAUUGGCGCCAUUGACAUCUCAGGGUCUUGUCCCUUGAGCGAUGACGUCGGUGUGCCAGCCUUCCUCUGUGAUAAUAUCGAGCCCAACUACAUGCAUCUGCCGAGUGGGAGUGAUCUGCCACUAUACAAGAACACGCAUUUGGACAUCGACGUGAACAACAAGAGUGACCGCAUAGAGUGGGGCCACGCGCGCUACCAAGCCACCUUCCGGCCGGACCAGGCCUACGAAAUGUGCAUACAGUGGGCUGUGGCCAGCGGGAACAUCGUGGCUGAACUGAUUUUCGGUUGGGCCCGAAAAGCUCAGAACUGCCGUUUGCAAAUGGUCCCGAUCCCCGCCGACCCCCUGGCGUUGCCAUUCACCCUGAAAUCUGAUCCUUUGCGAGGACCCAUCUACGUGCCGUUGAAUGAAGAGCCGCUGUUGAGGAACAAGUCUGCUUUAUUUGAAGGAUUCCCAGAAGAAUCAUGGCCUUUACGCCUAUUCCUCUUCCAAGAGGCGAUCGUCGGCCGUUUCGGGUUCAUUAAGUGUACAGUGGAGAGCACAUCGCACGCGGCCGAGAGUAUGGGCGACCACAUGUACGUGCACGUCACAGGGAACAUGUUCAUCCUGAUACCCACCGCCGUGAAGACGGAACAGGCCGUGCCGAGGACAAAGCCCGCGGUGAAAUCACUCAAAGUCAGCGGAUAUCCAGUACAUCCUGACGCGGCGCCAAGUCCCCAUGAAGGCAUCACUCGAAUCACGCGGCACGUCAGCGGCAAAAACAAGGACGACUAUGAUAACAGCCGCCGGAUGGGUUUCCUGUGGUCAUGGAAUCAUAUGAUUUCAAAAAAAUGGAAAUGGUCACAAUUUCCAGCCACGGGCGACGAAACUUUCCAAAUGCAUAUGCUACGGGACUUCAAACAUUUCUGCGCGAAUCAAGAACAAAGGCUCAGUCAAUUCUGGGAUCAGUGCUGGGAACUCAAGGAAGAGGCCCUUAGCAGAGUGGACACUUGUUAGUUAAUAGUUUUAAGAAAAUUGUUUAUUAAAUCUCUUAUAUAUGUA